AUGGCGGUCAUAGACUCCCGCCCGCGCGGAGAGAAUGGCAACGUCAAGGUGCUGGACUGCUCGCCGCCCAGCGGCUUCAAGCAGUCUGGACUGACUCCGGGCGGCGGCGGCCCGCCGCCCAGCCUGCUCCAGCGCCUCGUAGCAUGCCUCCAGUAUGGCUUUGUCUCUGUGGCCAUCACGCUCUUCAACCGAGCCGUCUUCUCCGUCUACCACUUCAACUACCCAAGCACAGUCACGCUGGUGCAAAUCCUGGUGUCCCUGGUCUUCAUGUACGGGCUGCGGGCGGCCGGCAAGAUGGAGUUUGGCGCGCUCGACCGCCGCAGCGCACGCAAGGUGGAAUGGCUGUUUGCCUGGCGCAGUGCGGCGCCCCUGGCCUUCUUCUGGUGGCUGUACGUGGUGUCUGGCGUCACGGCGCUGCGAUACCUCAACGUCCCUAUCGUCAUCCGCCGCAGCACCACGCUGCUGGUGGUGGCGGGAGAGUACUGGAUGUUUGCCAAGCGCCCCACGCGCCGCUCGCUGGCUGCGCUGCUGCUCAUGGUGGGCGGCGCGGUGGUGGCGGGCAUGACCGACCUCACCUUCAGCCUGCCGGGCUACACCUGGGUCAGCAUAUGCGUGGCCUCCACCGCCGCCUACCUGCUGCUCAUACGCAAGCUGCAAGAAAGCACGGGCAUGAACCAGAGCACGCUGCUGCUGUACAACAAUGUGCUGGCGCUGCCGCUGAUGGCCGCCUUCAUGCUGCUGGCCACCAACGAGGCAGCAGAGGUGGUCAGGUACCCUCAGCUGUGGGAGCCCCACUUCCUCCUCUUCCUCCUCUUCUCCUGCAGCCAGGCCUUCCUGCUCAACCUGUGCAUCUUCAGGUGCACCAUCAUCAACUCCCCACUGGCCACCAACGUCACCGGGCAGAUGAAGGACAUCCUCACCACGGCGCUCGGCAUGUACUCUGCCCUCAACGUGGCUGGCAUAGCGCUGGGCCUAGUGGGCAGCAUCACUUACUCGGCAGUCAGCUAUGCAGAGAGCAGGGCGGCCAAGGGCCCCAAGGCCCGCGAGUCGCCGCCCAGCAGCAUGCUGCCGCCCCGCUCCUCGGGCGGGCGCAGCACCAGCAUCGAGGUCGGGGCGCAGGAGCGGGCGGGGCUGCUGAGUGGGCUGCCCAACGGCGACGCCGCCGGCCUCAAGUAG